AUGGCUGUUGAUUCAUCUGCCUCGAUUGGAAGGUUUGAACCUGGACUGCCGCGAGAAAAAACGGAACUCUUUUCAAUCCUAAUUUCUGCAACAAGUAACUGCUGCAUAAUCAUUUACACUAGUCAAAAUGUUUUUGUUUUUCUUUAUCCAUUUCCAUUGUGUCAAGGUUUUCGAUACAAAAACAGUACAGAAAACCGUUCUGAUUUCGCACACGGACCGUGUCCAGCGGACAUCUUCUGCACUGUUCCAGGCCGCUUAUCGCUGCUCAGCUCAACUUCAAAGUACAAAGUCACUGUGGCUGAGGUUCAACGACGCUUGUCCCCGCCCGAAUGUCUGAACGCAUCACUUUUGGGCGGUGUUUUGAGAAGAGCCAAAUCCAAGAAUGGCGGACGUUCGUUACGAGAUAAACUGGACAAAAUUGGACUCAAUUUACCAGCCGGACGUCGUAAAGCGGCCACCGUCACAUUGCUGACAUCGUUGGUUGAAGGUAAUUACAUCUGA